AUGAAAUGGGAAGAAGGUGCAAAACAAGGCAUUGUUGUAGCUGGUGGUCAAGGGCAAGGAGAUAGUGUUACACAGUUGUCGAUGCCUGAAGGUGUCGUUGUUGAUCAAUCGGGCAAUGUCUAUGUGGCUGAUUGUUAUAAUCAUCGGAUCAUGCGUUGGUCAAAAGGAGCCGCACAAGGAAGUGUAAUUGCUGGUGGAAACGGUGAAGGAGGGCAGUCGAAUCAAUUGUAUUAUCCCAAUGGUUUAUCCUUUGAUCGACAUGGCAAUCUCUAUGUUGUUGAUCAGAACAAUAAUCGAGUGCAAAAAUUUAAUAUCGAUUUAAAUUCAUAG